AUGCAGGAAAUAUUGCGGCAAAUCCAUGGUGAAGGAGAAGCUGUAAGCGAAAAACUGCGUCAACUAUUCUACGACGAAGAAAUUAACGAACCUGAAUUGUUCAUGUCCUUGGACGAUACAGACUUCAUACGUCUAAAGUUGUCUACGAAGCUCAUCAAAAUCAUCCUUAAAAUUCAAAAAUCCACUUCGACUGAACACAUAAUAGAAGAAGAGUACUUGGAGCACACCGAAGAAGAUACAGUUAACACCACUGAAGAGCCAAUAGAGUCUGAUUCCGAUGGAAAUAAUGGAGAUAAUGCACCUCAAGGAUCUAACAGCGAAACAAACCCUUACACUGGAAUCACCAUGGAGCAGGAAAUUGAUAUUAACAUUAUUUUGGAGAGGUCAGCCGAAGGAAGAGCUUUGAUGCAACUUCUCCAAGAGAACAAAAAACCCAAUGACAAAACAAUAAAACGAAUAACACACCUACUUUGCGGAUUUUUGAAGUCUAACUACGAAGUGCGUGCCUCUACAUUUUACAAGAAUAUUGUUGCAAAGUCAUUGGUUCAAUCGUAUCCCAUUUUGGCUUCGUCAGUUUCGGACGUACCACAUGCAUUGUGGUUUUAUAUUAACGGACGUGGUGAUGGAAAACAUGCUGGUAAAAUUCACUACCAUUUGGAGUACCUAGCGAAGCGAGCUAAAGCGCGGGUGUUCCGCAGAAGGUUAACCAAAGUCGACGAAGGGAUGCAUGUCAAACUUCCAGUUGUUCAAGUGCCAGAAAUUGAUCUUUUUGCUAUGGUGGAAGAACUUAAAUUUAUUGUCCCGAUUUCCGAAAACAGAAGCAGGAUUAACCAGUUAUGGACAUCUACAUUCGAGUAUCGGUCACAGUAUCGUGAAAAUCAUGACUUCCACUCUUUUCUCGAAGAAUUUCCCGUUAGUUCGGCAUUCGAGGGUGAAUUAGUUGAAUAUGAUUUCAAAAGAAUGCGAAACCAAACCGUGGAUUUUGCAGAACAAUGGAAUGUCUGGCAAGCAAAAGUGCUUAAAACCUACCAACACAUGUUCAGGGAAAUAUCUAACGAUUUCUUGAGAGCGCUAGCUAUUAUCCGAGCUAAAAACCCUACUCGAGGCUCAAAACGUGUGCGCGACGAAGAUUCUGCCAAGGACAACCCAUUGAAGCGACUACUCAAUUGGAUUAAGUUGGAUGACCCACUACCCAUCGACUACAAAGUUCCUGUUAUAAUUGUAAGAGGAAGUCCCAUGACCGAGGGAGAAUGCUUUAUUUCAUGGAACAGUAUCAAUAUACCGCUAGGUGGUAACAUCGUCCAUGCAUUCAGCGUGUUUUGCAAGGCUUUCGACGUAUUCGGGACGGCAUGUGCACCGAGUGAUAAACAGUUUUUUAUAUUUUUCAGAGCAAUUAUUUUCUCUGUAGACAAUAUUUCUACGACUGGUGAAAAAUUUGUUAGAUCACUCGAAGAGUGA